AUGGCUCAAGGAGAGAAGCUGACCAGCUUUGAAAACCAAGAGAGAGUUGAUGAAAAGGAGUACAGAAGCUUAGUUGGGUGUUUUCUCUAUUUGACAGCAACUAGACCUGGCCUUAUGCAUGCUGUUAGCUUGUUGUCUAGAUUCAUGCACUAUUGUGACACAUCUCAUUUCAAGGCAACAAAAAGGGUACUUAGAUACAUUAAGGGAACCUUGAGGCUUGGUGUCAUGUUCAAGAAGGAAAAUAAACUUAGACUUGUGGGAUAUUCAGACAGUGACUGGGCAGGUUCUGCAGAUGACAUGAGAAGCACCUCGGGUUGCUUCUUCAUACUUGGCUCAGGAGUAUUUAGCUGGAGUUCAAAGAAGCAACAAAUGGUUGCUCAAUCUACAGCUGAAGCUGAGUACAUUGCAGCAGCAGCAGCAGUAAAUCAAGCCAUUUAG